UGGCAGGAGCGCGCUCACACACACGGACAGGAGACGGGAUCAUGUAGCGGGUUCCGUUAUCGGUGUUUGAUAGUAUAUAACGCUGGACGGCCCGUUUGAUCAGGAUCUGAUGGAGGGACCCGCUGCGACACUGCCCGGGGCCGGCGGAUGCGCUGCGCUGACGGAGGACGCAGACGCGGUGGUCGGUGCGGGAUGCGGGAUGGACGCUGGAGAUCUCGACGCUGUUAAGAAGACCUACUUAACCGAGAUGCCUUCUUCCUCCUGUCACCCGAGCUAUGGUCCUGAGAAGAAGAUCGGUCACAGGCGUGUAGAUGCAUCUGGUGAGACAACCUACAAAAAGACGACCUCGUCUGCCCUGAAAGGAGCCAUUCAGCUUGGGAUCGGCUACACCGUCGGUAACCUGAGCUCUAAACCCGAGAGAGAUGUGCUCAUGCAAGACUUCUACGUGGUGGAGAGCAUUUUCUUCCCGAGUGAGGGCAGUAAUUUGACUCCAGCGCAUCACUAUCCAGACUUCCGGUUUAAAACGUAUGCUCCUGUGGCAUUCCGCUACUUCAGAGAACUCUUCGGGAUUCGACCUGAUGACUAUCUGUAUUCACUCUGUAAUGAGCCCUUGAUCGAGCUGUCAAACCCCGGCGCCAGCGGCUCUAUUUUCUACGUCACUCGUGAUGAUGAGUUCAUCCUCAAAACCGUCUUGCACAAAGAGGCUGAAUUUCUGCAGAAGCUGCUGCCUGGAUACUACAUGAACCUGAAUCAGAACCCUCGCACGCUGCUGCCCAAGUUCUUCGGUCUGUACUGCGUUCAGUCGGGCGGGAAGAACAUUCGCAUCGCGGUGAUGAAUAAUGUUCUGCCGCGUCUGUUCCGCAUGCAUCUCAAGUUUGACCUCAAGGGCUCCACGUGCAAGCGCCGAGCGUCCAAGAAAGAGCGUGAGAAAUCCAAACCCACCUUCAAAGACCUGGACUUCAUGCAGGACGUCCCGGAUGGACUUCAGCUGGAUGUGGACACACACAACGCUCUGGUCAAAACACUUCAGAGAGACUGUCUGGUGUUGGAGAGUUUUAAGAUCAUGGACUACAGUUUGUUGUUGGGGGUUCAUAAUGUGGAUCAGGCAGAGCGCGAGCAGCGGAUGGAGGGAUCGCAGGGCAGCAGCGACGAGAAGAGACCCACCGUUCUGAGGGCACUGUACUCCACCGCCAUGGAGUCCAUUCAGGGAGGAGCUUCCUGCAGAGACUCUAUAGACACUGAAGACACAAUGGGAGGAAUCCCUGCCGUCAGUAGUAAAGGAGAGAGACUCCUGCUCUUCAUCGGCAUCAUAGACAUCUUGCAGUCCUACAGACUCGUUAAGAAGUUGGAGCACACGUGGAAGGCUUUGGUACAUGAUGGGGACACGGUGUCCGUCCACAGGCCAAACUUUUACGCUGACCGAUUCUUCAGAUUCAUGAGCAGUAAUGUGUUUAAGAAAAGCACUUCACUCAAGCCUUCUCCUGCCAAGAAGGGCCGGGUGGCCCUCAGUGUGCCCAAAUUCAGCGGCCCCGGGGUGGCCUGGUCCGCCUGUCAGCUGCCAUCAGAGAGAGACAAGAACAUCUAUGAUCUGAGAGGAGCUCACAGUUUCCCCGUGCUCGAGAACGAUGGUCUGCAGUCCUGCACUCCACCGUCAUUUGAGGAAGCGACUACAGCGUCCGUGGCCACGACUCUGUCCUCAAACACAUCUAUAUCGAUCCCCGAACGCUCCCCGUCGGACACUACAGGACACCCGCGCUAUAGGAGGCAAACUCUGUCUUUGAAAGACGCUGAGGGAAGGAUACAGGAAGUGGUGGAUGUACACGAGGAAGACCAGCAGACGAUCACAGUCCAGGUGGAGGUGAAGAGAGAGAGAGAAGAGGAUAGAAUUGAACCAGAUGUCCCUCUGACUCACACAACUCCAGAGAACAACUACAUAGUGGCAAAAGAAGAUGAGGGUCCUACUCAAGUGAGUGAGACUGUCGUUAUUGAUGAUGUUCUAGAAACAGCUGCAUCAUCAGCAUCAGUUACUCAGGAAACUGUCUCCCAGGCAACAUUUCCCAUUGACACAAUCAUGCAGCCAACAGUUCCACAGGAAUCAGCUUCUCUGACCGAUGCUGGGACCCUCAAAACAGCUCAGACCCCUGAAAUAGUGGAGCAGUCCUGUUCCAGUCCAAACACACAGUGUCCUGACCCGGACAGACAGAUGUUAGAGUCACAGAGCCGAACAUCGCUGGAGGAAGAGAUCGGACCAACCACUGACAUCACCUUUUAAACUGGAUGUACAGUAGAUGUUUGCAAUAGGUGACGUGAUGGCGCCCGUGUGAGGUCAUCUCUCCUCUGGGACUGAAGCGGUUGUCCUGGUGACCAGAUUUACAGGAUGGAUUCUGCUCUUAUGAGUUUGAUGAAGACAAAAACUGAAGAAGCGUCCCCCUAAAUCAAAGUUUUCCCUCUGAAGCUCCGGCAUGUGUGUUUGUUUAUCGGAACAUCUGAAGGUGAGGUGCAGCUCGUGCCCGUGAGCCUUCCUGAAAUACGUUGCAUCAUUUUGCAUCAUACGUGCGGAGGCUGCCGUUCUCUCGCCGUGUGGACGACCUUAAAUUCACUGACAACAUUUCCUCAUAAUAAUGCAAAUGUUCCUGAACUGUUUGGCUGAUUUGGCAAUCGUGAAAUCUGUGCGGUCAGUAAUAUAAAGCUGUUCAUUAUGCAAAUACUUUUUUCCUGCAAGUCGUUCACACACAGGGUGUAUUUUACUUUUUGUACGUCAGAGGUGUUUGAAGUGAAAUACAGUUUGUGCAAUGAAAUGACGCUGUAAAAAUAAAAAAGUUGACUUUGUUGGUUUUACGGAAGCUUUGUGUAAUUAGGCUUUUUAAAGGAAUAUUCCUUAUUUAAUACAGCUUCAGCUUAUUGACAGCAUUUGAGGCAUAAUGAUUCAUAAUGAUCAUUACCACAAAAUACAUUUCGACUCGUUCCUCCUUUUCUUUAAAAAAAAAAAAAAGGUUACAGUGAGUCACUUACAAUGGAAGUCAAUGGGGCCAAUUUUUGGAGGUUUUAAAUGCAGAAAUGUGAAGCUUAUCAUUUUAUAAAAGCACUUACACUGUUCUGUGUGUGUGUGUGUGUGUUUGUGUGUGUGUGUUUGUGCAUGUUUGUGUGUGUGUGUGUGUGUGUUUGUGCGUGUUUGUGUGUGUGUUUGUGUGUGUGUGUGUUUGUGUGCAUGUGCAUGUGUUUUUGUGUGUUUGUGUGUGUGUGUUUGUGCGUGUGUGUGUGUUUGUGUGCAUGUGCAUGUGUUUUUGUGUGUUUGUGUGUUUGCGUGUGUGUUUGUGCGUGUUUGUGUGUGUGUGUUUGCGUGUGUGUUUGUGUGCAUGUGCAUGUGUUUUUGUGUGUUUGUGUGUGUGUGUUUGCGUGUGUGUUUGUGCGUGUGUGUGUGUGUGUUUGUGUGCAUGUGCGUGUGUUUUUGUGUGUUUGUGCAUAUGUGUUUGUGUGUGUGUUUGUGCCUGUGUGUGUGUGUGUGUGUGUGUGUGUGCAUGUGCUUAUGUGUGUGUGCGUUUGUGUUUGUGUGUGUGUGUUUGUGCAUAUGUGCAUGUGUGUGUGUGCAUUUGUGUUUGUGUGUGUGUUUGUGUGUGUGUGUUUGUGCAUAUGUGCAUGUGUGUGUGUGCAUUUGUGUUUGUGUGUGUGUUUGUGUGUGUGUGUUUGUGCAUAUGUGCAUGUGUGUGUGUGCAUUUGUGUUUGUGUGUGUGUUUGUGUGUGUGUGUUUGUGCAUAUGUGCAUGUGUGUGUGCAUUUGUGUUUGUGUGUGUGUGUUUGUGCAUAUGUGCAUGUGUUUGUGCGUGUGUUUAUGUGUGUGUGUGCGUGUGUUUGUGUGUGUGUUUGUGUGCGUGAGUGUUUUUAUCAUUUUAUAAAAGCACUUCAAUUAAUCCUUCGGUUAAAACUCAUGUAUUAUUUGAGCUGUAAAGAUGUUUAAAUUGUCAUUUACAGUAAUUUUAGUGUUUCGGGCUUGUUGACGUUACGUCGUCAUGACCACGAAGUUGUAAAAUUGGCUAUAACUUUAUACAGAUGUGGUUAGUAAGUGAUUUUAUUACACUAAAAUCACGUUAACACACUUAUUGUUUACGUCAUGCGUUUGUACUUUUGAAAAGCGAGUAUUUUAACGUUUACAGAUUAAACCCCAUUGACUUCCAUUGUAAGUGCCUCACUGGAACACAGAUUUUUGGCUUUUUUUUUAAGAAAAGGAUGAACGAGUCGAUACAUUUUUUUGGUAAUCAACAAUAUGCCACAAAUGCUUUCGAUUGAGCUGAACUUGUACUGAACCAGAAUAUUAAUUUAAGGGUUAAGUCCAUCAGACACAAUCAAAGGACGUGUUCUUGCGUUCUAAACCUUUGGGGUCCGUGAUGGGUGUAGGUGUCCCAGAUGGGGUGGAGUCCCCUUUGAGCAUUUUGCCCCUUCAGUACGGGACACAAAGCUUUCAAUAUAGAAUGUUUCACCAUCCGACUGGGGGCAGGGAUGUUGGCAUUUCAGCCAAAAUACGGGAUGUCCCUGCAAACCAAGGCUACAUUAAAGCUUCGCUGCUAACAGAAAGAAAAAAGUCUCUUCACUACUUGACUAGUCAGUUGCGGGAUGACUAGUUGACCAUCUGAACCCAUCCCAAACCUGUUGCACUGUUGUGGUAAAAGUGGGUUCAGAUGGUGACCGCAUCAAACUGCUUCAUGGCUAUUGAAAUGAAUAAAAAUAUAUUCAAACAAGGUUGUGUCUUUCUAUCAGUCGUAUAAUGUUUUGUCGGUCAAACGUGCUACUUUGUGUAAAUAUCAUCCUCUGCAUUUUAUUCAUAUAGAUCAGAGUUGGUCUAUACGGGGGUUUUCCAGCUGGGGUCUGAGGACCCCUAAGGGACUGCUAGGGGGUCUGCAAAAAAUUUUGGAGAAAAAUAUGUGUAAAAAAUGUUGACAUUAUUACCAUUUGAUUCUGAAAUCAUCCGAUUAAUCAUGACUAUUUUAUAGUAUUAACAGCCAUAUUAAAAAAAAUAAAAGCAGAAAUAUCAAUAAAUCGUCAUAUAAUUUAAUAUAUUAUUAAAUAAAGUAUAUUAUUUGUAAGAAAUAAGAGCUUAAAUUCACUAUUCUCUGUAAAGCUGCUUUGAAAUUGUGUGUUAUUGUAAACUUUUACACAUUCAUUUAUUCAGUGCUUUCACAAUAAAU